AUAACCCUAUUGAGUGUUUUUUAACUAAAUUAACAUGGCUCGAAUGAACCGCCCAGCUCCUGUGGAAGUCACAUACAAGAACAUGAGAUUUCUUAUUACACACAAUCCAACCAAUGCGACCUUAAACAAAUUUAUAGAGGAACUUAAGAAGUAUGGAGUUACCACAAUAGUAAGAGUAUGUGAAGCAACUUAUGACACUGCUCUUGUGGAGAAAGAAGGUAUCCAUGUUCUUGAUUGGCCUUUUGAUGAUGGCGCACCACCAUCCAACCAGAUUGUUGAUGACUGGUUAAGUCUUGUGAAAAUCAAGUUUCGUGAAGAACCUGGUUGUUGUAUUGCUGUUCAUUGCGUUGCAGGCCUUGGGAGAGCUCCAGUACUUGUUGCCCUAGCAUUAAUUGAAGGUGGAAUGAAAUAUGAAGAUGCAGUACAAUUCAUAAGACAAAAGCGGCGUGGAGCUUUUAACAGCAAGCAACUUUUGUAUUUGGAGAAGUAUCGUCCUAAAAUGCGGCUGCGUUUCAAAGAUUCCAACGGUCACAGAAACAACUGUUGCAUUCAAUAAAAUUGGGGUGCCUAAUGCUAUUGGAAGUGGAACUUGAGAUAGGGCCUAAUUUGUUAUACAUAUUAGCCAACAUGUUGGCUUAGUAAGUCUAAUGAAGCUUCCAUAGGAGUAUUGAAAGGCAGUUUUACCAGGCCGCAAGCUAGACAGAUUUGGCAACCUCUGUAUUUGGGUUACAGUCAACCUGUUUGGAUACUUGGCAAAAGAUUCUUGCUGUCAGCAUAUAAAAUGUGCUUGUCAUUUGUAUCAAUUCACCUUUCCCCAAAUCAUGCAGUAUUGAGUUAUGACUUGUUUAAAUCUAUUCCCAUGCCAGAAUCUUAUCAAUACAUAAGAAAUUUAGGAAGAUUAGGUGCCAAAAUACCCAGCACAAUACUUGUAUAUUUUUAGUACCAUACAGAACUAAAAUCCCAGGAACUAUGAACACUAGACCUUAUGUGGUUUAUUCAUUCAGUCAUUUCAAACAUUGAAAGUAGGGCCUACAUGGUUAUUUGCCUGCUCACUUUAUGUUUACAUCUCCCAUAUUCAUACCAGUAUACGUCAGGUUUGCUUAACCAUCGAUUUUUUUUUUUUUUUUUUUUUUACCAAGUCUUACAGUGAUUAAUGUGUUUCCAUAAAUCUCACUUUGUGCUGUAUUAAAAAAACCUCCAUUUUGAAAAUCUACAUUGUACAGAAGCACAUGUCUUUAAUGUCUUCAGACAAAAAAGCCUUACAUUAAUUUAAUGUUUGCACUCUGAGGUGCAACUUAACAGGGAGGGCCUGAGAAAAGAAUGGGAGGGGGCUAUUAAUUAUUUUUAGCAAAAUGUUGCCUUUGUCUUGUGCAAACAUGUAGAAUAUGCUCUUUAAUUUAGUAAAAUAUUUUUUUAAAAGGUAGAGAUGCUUUGUUAUUGUAAUCAUAAACUUCUUGAAAUUCUUGUAAUUUUUUUCCCAUACUUAUCAGAAGUGUGUUUACCAACUUAUUUUUGUUUGAAAGUGUGAUUUUUUUUUUCCUUCCCAACCUCUCUUGCAAAAAAAAGAAGUGGGUUUCUGCUAAUGAAUUGAGCAGACAUCUAAUAUUUUAUAUGCCUUUUGAGCUGUGUAACUUAAUAUUUGGAUACUUGACAAUUUGUUUUAUUAUGUAAUUGAUAAAAUGGUGAUGUGUAUUAAUGUUAGUUCAGCCAUAUAUUUAUACUGUCUGGGGAUGUGUGGUUAUAGUUCUGUGGGAGAAAUAAUUUUGUCAGUGUUCACCAGCUUGUAAAAACUUAGUGCGAGAGCUGAAACAUCUAAAUAAAUAAUGACAUGCAUUUAUCAGCA